AUGGAUAAUAGUAGGUAUCUGGAUCGGACUGCCGACAAGAAAGCUGUCGGGAACAUACGCUUCCCAUUUCAGUCUCACUUUGUCGACUGCAGUGGCAGUAGCGAAGACAAUACUCGACGUACAGCCUCCCUACUCGCCUUCGGGAGAGAUCUAGACUCGUCGGAGUCUAUACCAAGCGAGCACAGUUCCAUAUACGAUGCUGCUAGGGCAAGUUCUGGAUCCGACGCGGGUGAUCAGACGUACUAUGAUAGUCUCUCAAGGCAGCCCACUGCAGACGAGCAGCAUAGCCUCAACCUUGCCAUUUCCGAUCAACCUAUUUAUACUAUGACAUCUUCCCACAGCAAGUGGCCGGUCAACACCUUGGCAACCAUUAUCGAACGGAGGAGCACGUCGACCUUGCGCCAUUCACGCUCAAUGUCCUGCCUGUACGAAAGCUUCUCUGGCGAACGUCUGCAGUUGUCGAGGACCUCUCGAUCAGAUCUCAACACGUCUAUCCCAAACCCUCAAAGGCGUAAGGCUCUCUCUUUCAAUGAUGCUGACAGCCGUUCUGGGUUAUCCGAACUUCUGGGAAGUGACCUAUCGCUUGGCAGUCCAGUACAGCCUAUGUAUCCUCCUCCAAUCCGGUCGCCCACUCCUCCUGGUCUUCCAUCCUUCGGGACACAAGAAGCCCUCUUCUGCGCAUCUCGCUUUGCGAUAGAAUCCCCUACUCCUGGGCCAUCGACAUCUGGAGACGGUCGGGGGAACAGUUAUGACAGUAGUCUCUCGGGCUCUUAUAGCGAGGCAUUACGAAGACUGUUCGGCUUUACUGCUCUAGAAUCUCGUCCUGCUCGACUCCCUCUACACGCUAUCGCAAGAGCUGAGGAUGGUACAGCAGUACGUGGACGAUUUCCGAUUCGGCAGAGUGGACAUGGCAUGGAUCUAUCACGCCCUCUAGAUAGCCAUCCUUUCCACCGCAUGACUCUUCCUGUAGCCCAGCCUCAAGUUGAGCGUCUUCACUCCACCGAAAAGCGGCGUAAGCCAGGGAGAAAAAGAAACAAUAGUGAAGUCCGGACCUCUUCUCAAGGAUCGGAAGUCGUGCUGAAUUCCAAUCAGCCUUCUUCUCUUCAGCGGGCGUUAACGGCCACCAUGCGCAGGACAGACUCUACAACUCCUAUCGGUAAUUUGCCUUCUCUCCCAUCUGCCCUGACUUCCGACGCCCAGUCGAACGGGCCACAGAAAAAUUCUCGCGUGCAUGUUACAGGCCCUGUCCAGGAUGCCUCGGGAUCCCAGAAUGCCUCCACAGAGGGUAACCGCCCCGUUUCCUAUCAACCCGUGUCAACACUAUCCUCUUCAGGUGCCUCGCCGGAAGAUGGCUCUCUUGAUGUUGACGAUGCCGAGGAACAUACCAUGGCUGCAUGGUCAGAGCUCCUGAGAAUGUAUAUCUUGGCCUGUUGCUGCUGCUUGGCAGAGGAAGAUGAUUAUGAUGGAGUUCAAUUGGAAAACCAACCGAGUCCUUUGGUAGCUACGAGAAACGAGACUGGAACUGUCUCCGAAGAUGUAGCUUCUUCGACACCUGACUGUGCCCCAUUGAGACGUUCAACUACCGGUAAAAGCUCAGACGCGCGACGAAUCAAACGGUCUUCAAGACCAUGGAGACCCGCCUACGGAUUCUCUCCUCAGACGACUGAUGCGACCAUGUCAGCAGUAGGAUAG